AUGAGAGAUUUUCAGCAAAUAGCAAAUAUGGUUACAGCAAAAGAUAUUAAAGUUGGUCGAAUUUACCCAAAUUUAAAAUUUAUUCGCGAAUGUUCGAUUAAAAUAGCAUUGGCAAUUGCAAAACAUUGCUAUGCGAAUGGAACAGCGGCAUUGUAUCCGGAACCGGAAAAUUUGGAAAAAUAUAUUCGUUCACAGAUUUAUUCAGUAGAAUAUGAUGAGCUCAUUGAUGUAACAUAUAAAUGGCCGGAGCAAGAUAUGAAACAAGGAUUUCCGAUACCGGCAGUAAGACGUGAAUCCGCCGAAGAAUAA